AUGAUCUCGAGAAAGGUUUUCCCGAUAGUUUUCUCUGCAAUUCUUCUUCUCCAACUCGUCGAGGGAAAUCUCUCAAUUGGACGUCUCGGACCGAUGCUUGGACCAAAAAGAUCAGAACGAUCGUUGUCUCGAGCUCAAUUGGAGUAUUUGGACGGCUCUGAUGUGUCCAAAAGAGCUUCGGCUCCUUUGAGUAUAGAAUUCCCGUCAUGCAUGCGAGAGGCUCAUGACAAGAUCAUGGCUCUGAAAUCGAAAGCCCAAGAAUUGGAGUUGAUGAUUGAGAGAGAAAUGGAGAAUCUCCGUCAAUGUGCCCUUCAUAAUCUC